GCAAGUAUGCUCGAGUAACUGGAUAGACAUGGACGUCAUGUUUGCUCCGCGAAAAGAGCCGCUGGUUCCGCCUCGUUACCGCUUGAUAUCCAGGGACCAACUCCACAAGGCCCACGUUGAGGCCGUUACUGAUGCUAAGAAGCUCCUGGAGAUGACUCCAGUUCUACUGGAGAGAGAGCCGAGAGGAGAGACUCUGAGACAUGAUGAGGAACUGGACGGGUACUGGAGCACCGCAUGGUUUUCACCAACAUCUCCAUGAACAACGACAACAGGGACAGAGAGGUGGUGGUGAGGAAGCCGACAGGAGUCCUACAGGAGGCCACAUGGGUGGAGAGGAACCGCAUGAUGCAGGUCUACUUCCCGAGCCUCGGACAGAGGAUGUGGCUGCCUCACAUGCUGACAGAGGAGGGUCUGGUGCCCGUCCUGGAGGGCGGCAGAUACAGAGACAUUCUGGACAUGGCAUGUCUUCAGUGUGAACCUGAUUCUGAAGACUAUAUCAGAGUUCAUCGCACUGUGUACGAUAGAAUUGAGGUGGAGGGAGAAUAUGACAGUCUUCGGUCCACGCGACACUUCGGAGGUCUGGUGUGGUACCUGGUUCAGCAGGAGAGGAUUGUGGGACUAGUGAAAGACUUGGUGGAGAAAUACCUGUGUUCAGAGGGAGAGGCUCUGGUUGAGCUAUAUUUACUCUGUCACCCUCACUGCUCCCUGACCAGCAGCACUGACUCCACUCCUGGCAAGAAACUGGAGGCAUUCUGUCGUCACUAUUCUCUGGGACAGCUCCUAGCACAACUUCCCACCUCCCGGACUCUGAAACAGACACAGCCCUAGCCACACAAAGCACAUCAUAGAGCACAGUGUAUAGCUAUAACAUUGUCACUGCAUGACUUAUAAUCCUUUGUCUAUGGUGUACGUUCCUCCAAACAUGUUUGCAAUAUUAACGCUGUAAACCGCACAGGGAAAACCAAGCACAGCAUCAAUAGAAAAUUUAUUAUGAACAGUUUGGUGACUUUUAUGACCGUUACAGACUAUUUGGUUAUUGUAUAGCUACUACUAUUACAGACAUGAGAUAACUGUUCACAGUGCCAUACUCUAGUUGGUAAUGGAAAAAAAUUUACUUUCUUGCAAAAAACUGGAACUCGGUUAGUGGUUAAUUUUAUUUUCUGGAUCUAUAACGAUCUGCAUGAAGUCUCCCCGAGUCUCUUCACAUUAUGCUGGUGGGGAUAAAUUAUCCCCAUCUCCAGACAUUUCUUGAGACGAGGGUCUAGACCAGAGAAUGACUGUAGAACUUCAGUGUCUGGAGCAGUGAAUGAGGGAAGAG